CAGGCCUGGAAAGUCUGAAUCCAUUCUGCCAUGAUCAUUGUCCGCCGUCUUUUGCCCAUUCCGAACCCGUUCAGACCAAAAAUUAGAGCUGAGAUGUCUACCUUAGCACCACAAACCGCUGAACCACUCCCAGCACCCCGAAAACGCGUAAUUCUAUCUGGUAUUCAGCCAACCGGAAUUCCACAUCUAGGAAACUAUCUCGGUGCUUUAUCUAAUUGGGUCAACCUCCAGAAUACUUCAAAACCGGAGGACGAGCUGUUGUUUACUGUAGUGGGAUGGCAUGCCUUGACACUUCCCCAAAAACCAAAAGAAUUAGCAACGUCCCGCAUGGAUAUGCUGGCGAUCCUUUUGGCUAUUGGUAUCGACCCCAAGAGGUGUAUAUUGUUUCACCAGGACCACAACCCCCUACACACUGAGCUUGCAUGGAUCUUAAGUUGCCUAACUCCAAUAGGCAAACUCAAAAGGAUGACAACGUGGAAGUCGCGUCUCGCCACCUCGAAAAAUAUGCGGGAUGGUUCAGAAGUAGAUGAAACAGGCUUGAAUGUUGGACUCUUUACGUACCCUGUUCUCCAAGCGGCAGACAUACUCGUUUACAGAGCAACCCACGUCCCUGUUGGUGAAGACCAAUCGCAGCAUCUCGAACUCUCUCGCGACCUGGCUGACCAAUUCAAUCGAACCUUCAAAGGUCCUAACCGCAUGUUUCCUCUCCCCACUCAGUUCAACACCUCUUCCAAACGGAUUCUUUCCCUCCGGGAUUCAGCUUCCAAAAUGUCCAAAUCCUCCCCCGAUCCUUCAUCCCGCAUUCUUCUCACCGAUUCGCCUAACGAAAUUGCCUCCAAGAUCCGCACUGCCGUCACGGAUUCUAUCGCUGGAAUUACAUAUGAUCCAAUAAAUCGUCCUGGGACAGCCAACCUCUUGACUAUCCUUGCCGCGUCCAAAGGCGAGGAUGUUCACGAAACUGUUAAAGGAUACGAGUCAAAGAACCAUGGGGCUCUCAAGCGUGAUGUCACGGAAGCACUUCAGGAGAUGUUGAGGGGCCCGAGAGAGGAGUUUGAGAGAAUGAAGUCGGAGCAAGGAUACUUGCAGCAGGUUGCACAGGAGGGGAAAGAAAAGGCAGUGGAAAAAGCAGAGCAGACAAUGAGAGAAGUUAGAAGAAGGGUUGGGUUAGCUUGAUCUGUGCUAUGCUGACGGCUCGGUCGUUAGACAAUCAUUAAUUCUCAACAUUCGACAACUAUUUCGAUAAUCGUAGGCACGUCCCACGACCCCACGAGCUAGACCCGCUCCGUUGAUCAUCAAAAAUUUCCUAGGGUGGCCUACGAUUAUUGAAACAGCUGGCCGGGCUUGUUGUCUUUCUACGAUCAGAAUAAAUCAACGAGUCACAGGUCCUCGCUCAUGAAGGACUGUAAAAUGAGCGUACAAAAGAACCUACUCGGUGUCGGGCUGCGUACACGAAGUUCAAGUGGCACAAAGGACGGGAUUUUCUAUAAAACCUCCAUCAUAGUAAUCUGUCUAUCUCUCGCUCAUGAGAUACAUAUAGAGAAGCCGUCAGCAGCACCUAACUGGAACGCCUCAAAUCCUACUACAUCUGGCAUCGGUGAUUCCAAAAUUAUAAGCCACAUUGGGUAUUCCAGUGCUGCAUCAUCUUCCAUCUGUAGGCCAAAACUUGUUUGAACAAACUGGGGUCGAAAUCGCUUGGGUGGUUACCGCCAACGAUACAGAUUCUGAGGCCACAAGGAAUACGACAUUUGCUGCAGAACAGCUGAAAAAGUG